AUGACACAAUCAAAUUGUAACGAGCAGGAGUCGAUGAUUAUCGAAGAUUUUUCAACGAACCCUCCUCCUGGUCUACACUUCCCUACAUGCAACGCAACCUCACGACCAUAUGUUGGAAAAACUUUUGAUACCGAAUUAGAUGGUAUCGAGUUUAACAAGUUUUAUGCUAAGGAGUGUGGGUUUGAAGUUCGAUUGGGCACUACUUCGAAGUCCAAGGAUGGCACUAUCCGCAUACGUUAUGUGCUAUGCAACAGACAAGGCAUCUGGGAAUAUGCAGAUGAACAACUAUAUGAUCCUGCAACUGCAAAAUCUAAAAAGAGAAAGACUACCUCUUGCCGAGCUGAUUGCGAUGCCAAAAUGAUUUUACAAAUUACAACGGGUGGACGUUACUAUAUUCGUGUAUUUAUUGAAGGCCAUACGCAUUCAAUGGUUCCUGGUCCAUCUCGCCAUUUGAUGCCUAGCAACAGGAAUGUUGGGGAAUUUCCUCAAAUGCUUAUUGAAUCUGGAAUAAAGGCAAAUAUUGGACCGAUGCGUACAUUUCGCAUGUAUCGGGAAAUUGUCGGUAACUACGAUGAAUUGGGAUGUACUAGUGAUGACUUCAAGAACUACGUUAGAGACUUGAAGGUGUACUCGAAAGAUUCGGAUGCACACAUGUUGCUAGAGGCAUUUUCCAACAAACAGGAGUUAGGAGGAUUCAAAUUUUUCAUAGAUCUAGACGAAGAAAAAAAGUUACAACGUCUGAUCUGGACAGAUGAACAUGCAGUAAAGAACUACAAGCUAUUUGGUGAGGCUGUUUCAUUUGAUGCUACUUACGGUAUCAAUAGGUAA